CGCUUUCCUUCAUUUCGCGUUCUAAGUAACACAAAAUAUCUCUGAAAAGAAGGGCAUAAAAAUUGCAUUCAAACACUCACUGUACUUCUGCGUCGAUUGAGAUCGGGAUUGAAUCGAUGGCGGAUCACGAAGGUGAGCACGAGAAGCACGAAUCAGCCGCUGAAUCAUUGAUCGAUAAGAUCACGGAAAAGUUUCACGGCUCUGAUUCGUCUUCGUCGGACUCCGACGACAACAAGGACAUCAAGUCUGCCGCCGCCGCCGUUAAGUCCAAGAUCUAUCGUCUGUUCGGCCGCGAAAAGCCAGUGCAUAAGGUUCUAGGCGGUGGAAAACCUGCUGAUAUUUUCCUAUGGAGGGACAAGAAAAUUACUGCUGGUGUGCUUGGGGUUGCCACCGCAAUUUGGGUGCUUUUUGAAUUGCUCGAGUAUCACUUGCUCACUCUAGUGUGCCAUAUUCUGAUCCUUGCUCUAGCCCUCAUAUUCCUGUGGUCAAAUGCAUCCACCUUUAUCAACAAGUCUCCGCCGAAGAUCCCAGAAAUUAUUGUUCCUGAGGAUAUUGUUCUGGGUAUAGCUGCUGCCUUUAGGAUUGAGUUCAACAGAGCUCUAGCCAUCCUUAGAGAUAUUGCAUCAGGGAGAGAGCUAAAGAAAUUCCUUGCAGUGAUUGCUGGCCUAUGGGUUCUUUCCAUUCUGGGGAACUACUUCAACUUUCUGACCUUGUUCUACACAUGUUUUGUUUUGUUGCACACGGUGCCGGUGCUUUAUGAAAAAUAUGAGGAUCAGGUUGACGCUUUUGCUGAGAAAGCGGAGGCAGAGCUAAAGAAACAGUACGCCGUGUUCAAUACCAAGGUUUUAAGUAAAAUCCCUAGAGGGCCUUUGAAAGACAAGAAGUUACUGUAAACCGCGUGAUCAUCUGUUGGGUACAUGUGCUUGUUCCAAUAUGUAUUGUGACUUAGUUGUCUGAUAGAACCCAAUCUUAUUACCAGUUUGUUUUUGACUGUCUGGGUUCGUUAUUUUAAAACAAAUGUUAUAUUUCACAUCUUUUAAAUUAUAUGAUCAAUAGCCUAUCAUUAUUUGGCAUUA